GUUCUCAGGUAACGGUUCAUAAGACUAAAUGCAUUAAGAGCGAAUGCGUAGUGAACUAAAUAAGAGAGAGAGAAAGAGAGCGAGAGAAAACUUACAUAUAACAAACACAGCUGUCGUUGUCGUUGUUGUUUCGCGUUUGCCGCGGUGACUACCUCAUGAAACAAGCAAAUGCAAAGCCAAAGCCAAAGUUAAGCGUUCAGCAAGCAAAAGCAAAAGCAGCCGCGCAGCGCCGCGCCACAUCGCAUAAAAGGGAAGUGUGUAUUUAUAUUUCAAACUUAGUUUGGACUCGGAGCGCGUAAAGUGUGGUCGAUCGGGCAGCGCAGCGCUAUACGAAGUUUGCUCUUCAAAGUUUACUAGUGAACAGGAAUAGAAACCGAAACCAAACCUCAAACUAAAAUUGAACGUGAACAAUCUUCAGAUAACAAAAAAAACGAUGCUGUUCCUAACACAGCGAACUCUUCUCAAUAUAACAGUUUAAGAGCGAGUGUCGGACCACGUGUGCUCUAUGCUAUUUAGUGUGCAGCCAAAUGAGCGUGCAUGCGUGCACUUACAUACGUACACACACACAUACGCACAUGCACAUCCGAACGUACAACAAGCAAAGUGAAAUAUAAAAAAAAAUAAAGCAUGUGGCCGCAAAGUAAAACACAAAAUUGUGCUUGAAACUUUUUAACAAGAUCCACGCUGGCAGUGCGAGUGCGGAGAGCGCAGACUGAUAAAGAAUUCAAAUAACCCAAAAAGAAAACCGAUAAAAUUAAUGAGUAGACACAAGCGUUUCAUAAAUAUAUUUGCAUAACACUUUACUCUUAAGGGUAUUCAACAAAAGGACCAAUUUGUAACAAACUCAAAUACUCGAAAACUAAGUAAUUCGCCAAAUAUCUCAUUGCAUUCGUGUCUAAAAAUAUGGCACGCAUUCAAGCUAGCGAUACGCUGAUACCGCGUCAGGUAUUCGAGGUGCCAGUCGAAACGGGGAGUGAUAAAAAAGCACGUGCACAGAGCAACUCCUCCACAGACACCUCCAGCCAGAGUUCAGGAGUAAAGCUAAAAAAACAAAUUGGGCUGCUCGAUGGCGUGGCUAUCAUCGUGGGUGUCAUCGUGGGCGCCGGCAUAUUCGUUAGCCCCAAAGGUGUACUCAUGUUCUCCGGUUCGAUUGGACAGUCGCUAAUCGUGUGGGUGCUCUGUGGAGUACUCAGCAUGGUUGGUGCCCUUUGCUACGCCGAAUUGGGUACCAUGAUACCAAAGUCAGGGGGUGACUACGCCUAUAUCGGCACCGCGUUUGGCCCUUUGCCUGCGUUUCUAUAUCUUUGGGUGGCGCUGCUCAUACUGGUGCCUACAGGCAAUGCCAUCACAGCGCUUACAUUCGCUCAGUAUCUGCUGAAACCAUUUUGGCCCUCAUGCGAAGCGCCCAUAGAAGCUGUUCAGCUCUUGGCCGCUGCCAUGAUAUGUGUCCUGACUGUCAUCAACUGCUACAACGUUAAAUGGGUCACUCGGGUAACGGACAUAUUCACGGGCACAAAGGUGGUCGCGCUGAUGGUAAUUGUAGGAGCCGGCGUCUGGUACUUGGCGGAUGGCAAUACAGACUACUGGGAUCAACCGUUUAGCGGAGGGCACAAAGAGCCUGGAUUCAUAGCACUGGCCUUCUACAGCGGACUAUUUUCCUACUCGGGCUGGAACUAUUUGAAUUUCGUGACGGAGGAGUUGAAAGAUCCAUACCGUAAUUUGCCGCGUGCCAUUUGCAUUUCGAUGCCGGUGGUCACGAUCAUUUAUAUGGUGACAAAUGUAGCAUACUUUUCGGUGCUCUCCACUGAUGAAAUACUUACAUCAGAUGCCGUAGCCGUAACCUUCGGUGACAAGAUGCUGGGCUUCCUGUCAUGGAUAAUGCCCUUUGCUGUGGCAUGCUCGACGUUUGGCUCAUUGAACGGUGCCAUCUUCGCAUCAUCUCGCUUGUUUUUUGUGGGAGCACGCAAUGGCCACCUGCCAGCUGCGAUAUCGCUAAUCAACAUUAAUUGCCUAACGCCGGUGCCAUCAUUAAUAUUUCUGUGUAUAAUUACAUUGCUCUUGCUGUUCAUAAAGGACACAUAUGUGCUCAUUAACUAUGUUAGCUAUGUGGAAGCACUCUUCACGCUCGUCUCUGUGUCCGGCUUACUCUGGCUUCGCUACAAGCAACCCAAGACCGAACGACCCAUUCGGGUCAAUCUAUCACUACCCAUCAUUUAUCUUAUUGUCUGUCUGUUCCUGGUCAUCGCAUCCUGUACGCAGUCACCCAUGGAGGUGGGCGUAGGCACCGUAAUCAUACUUUCCGGCAUUCCCGUAUACUAUUUGACCAUACAUAAUCCGGUUCAAUGGCUGGCCGACACCUCUCAGACCAUAAACUUGUGGUGCUCCAAAUUCUUCAUUUGUAUGCCAAAUCAGGAUAAGUUCGACUAAGAUUCAAUUACUCAUUAAUAAGGCGAAUCAAGUGCCUUCAAUGUAAGAAUCAAUGAUCAAUUAAUAAUUCGUAUGCUAAGCAAUUAUGUAAGGAUAGGUACUACGCACAACAGGCUUUUCCAAAUACCAUUUUUGUUUUUAGUGU